UGACCACUGGGCUGUUCUGCCUGUGCCCUGGCUACUCUUAGUGAUGGACUGAUGGUGUUGUCUUGGCAGCGGUUUGAGCUGGGAGCCCCGUUCCCGGGCGGUGGAGCAGGUCCAUCUACGCUGCACCGAGGGCUCCCUGGAAUGGAUGUACCCAGCACGAGCCCUGCGUGUCGUUUUGGAGCCCAACCUCUCCAGUGCCCGGCACACCACUGUCUGCAUCAAGCCUGCCAGUGACUUCCAAGGUGCCAGCAUCUACGUGGAACGUGCUGGGCAGCUGCAUCUGGUGGUAAGCGAGGCAGAAGGGGCUCGACCCCACCACGUGUCUUGCUUCAGUGCCCACACACCGCAACGAGUGGCCCUCUUCCUGCAGGCCAGCCCGCAGAGGGACAUCAGCCGCCGGACGGCCAGCUUCCAGUACGAGCUGCUGAGCAACCAGAGCCCUGCUGGCUCUGACUUCAAAAAGAUGGCACUGGUCGAAGCUAUGUGCCGUCCUUGUGAUGACGUGGAACUUCUUAUGGCCAUUUGCAGCAGUGAUUUUGUGGUGAAAGGAUCAAUCCAAAAUGUUUCCCACGAUUCAGAGAACCACAUGUCACAGGUUGAUGUCAGCGCCCAGAAGGUCUACAGACAGAAAAACAGAAUUUUCCAUCAGGAUGAAGCAAGUGGUGAAUGGCAAGGCCCUGUACGAACCCUGCUGCAAUGCAAAGUGAAGAAGGGAGGUGGAGAUUUCCUUUUCACUGGAAAUGAACAUUUUGGUGAAGCUUGGUUGGGCUGUGCGCCUCGCUUUAAAGAUUUCAUGUUCAUUUACCAGGCUGCCAGAGAAAGAGGAGCCAACCCAUGUGAGUUUCAGCUCAACUGACGGGAGGUGAGAGUUGAAAAAUUUCAACCCAGUUUUUGGACACUGAGUCUGAACUAGAGUUAAAAACAAGGACUAAAGCUAACAAUUUCACCGAAAGUGGCGCCUGGAGAAUUUCCUGAAGAUAAAGGCUCUGUGAGCCCUGUAAACUCUGACUUUUAAUCCACAUUUUCAUUAGUGGCAUUAGUUUCUCCUUCUUCCCAUCUUCUUGCCUCACAAAAUAACUCUGAAUUUUGAAAAGGUUGUUGGGGUUUUUUUGUGGUUAGAAAUCAGCUUGUGCUCAGUAUUACAAAAUUCUCUCUUAACAUUUUUUGCUCUGUGUACAUCCUGUGUGCUUUAUCUCUAGAUUAUUUUCUCUCCUCCCCCAUCUCUACUUGAUUUCCCUUCCAAAUGGUGUCUUGUUUUGUUUUGUUUUGAUUAAAAAAGAAUGCUAACUAUAGCCUUAGCCGUAGUUACUAAACCUUCAGGCAGUUGUCAAGUUUGGCAGGUUUUUUGUCUUCUGUACAUUAGCAGAGAGAUUAAUUUACCCUCUGGGGCAAAAUCACCGCGGAUGUAAUUCUGCAAUGCAGUGUUGAUUUCUGCACAGUUGACAGCAUCUGAUUUUGCUCCCCAUGCAAACAGGCCGAUGGGGGAUACUGCACCUUAGCUAAUAUGAACACUAGCACUGUAUGACUACCAGAUGAGAAAAGGUGUUUGGGAAAUGCAUUGAAAUAAUUGGAAGUUUUGGUUGUAGCGUUGUCUGUGUGAGAAUGUAGUAUCUGGUAUUCAUAGUACUGGGCCCACAGCUCGGUCUUGCAAACUGGCUGUUUUAAAGUAUUGGAGGAUUGUCCUGGUUUUGUCUGGGAUAGAGUUCAUUUUCUUCCCAGUAGCUGGUAGAGUGCUGUGGCUUGGAUUUAG